CAACUCCUUCCAACCUUAAUACAGGCGUCUCUACGCAGCUUAACAGCUUGCCUCACAAAACCCACCCCUCUCACAAAUCGAUUACCGUUGCUGUCGACCAUUGCAUCACUCUCUCUGGGAAAUUUCAGUCUAUCCGCCAUCAACUCGAUUUCUUACUCGUCCGUCUACAUCGCAGCGGCUCGUCUGGGUGUCCGGGGCCAAAGAAUAUACCCUCUCCGAGGGCAGAUAUUACAGCUACCAUUAUUGCCUUACUUUUACACGUAACCCAGCCACGCGAUGCCGGGGAGUGAUCGCUAUAUGGGGAGGCACUCUCGGACCCGGUCUCGGUCUCCAGACGGGAGACGUAAGCGGCAGUAUGCGUCAAGGUCCAGAUCCAGAUCGCCGCAAAGAUCGCGCGACCGCCGCCAUAGACGACACGGCUCGUCCACUCCACACGGCGGCGGCACGACGCCCGCUUCCCUUCCUUUCGACGCCCGGACGCUGACCAAGUCUGACUUUGGCGCUUUCCGUGCCCUCUUUGCGUACUACCUUGACCUCCAGAAGGGCAAGUCCCUGGCGCGCAUGGAUGAGCGGGAGGCCAGGGGGCGGUGGAAGAGCUUCGUGGGGAAGUGGAACCGCGGGGAGUUGAGGGAAGGGUGGUAUGAUCCGGAUAUGUUCGCAACGGCUGAGGAGAGGGCGGCCGAACUUCUUUCUCCGGAUACUGCGUCCCGAGACGAUACGGUGGCACGUCAGCCAUCGGGGCCUGCAGAUAGGCGUGGUGGGGACAGGGAUCGUCGGCGCGGGGACGAGAGUUGGGAACGUGAGGGCUCUAGGGGCGAUUGCCGCACAAAGGACGACAAGGGCUACGGCAGGGUUAGUGGCGAUGAAGAUGACGACGAGGACGAGGACGACGACGACAUGGUUCCCCCGCUACCCCCGACGAUACGUUCCGGUUCAGGCCGUCCCGGCCCCAAGAUCCCAACCUUGGAUGACCUCGCCGCGCAACGCGAUGAGCGUGUGUCCGAAGCGCAGGCGGGGCGAGAAAAGGGCAUAGAGGACAUCCGGGCGGCCCGCGCGAGGGACCGGAAGGAGCAGAAGGAGCGGCUGGAAGAGCUGGUGCCGCGCGCGGACCCGGGGACGCGGGAAAGACGACUGGAGAAACGGGCUGCGGUGAACGAGAAGAUGCGCGGGUUCCGGGAGGGGUCGCCUGGCGGGGACGCGGCGGUGGGGGAUGGCGAGCUCAUGGGGGAAGGUGGUGGGCUGGACGAGCUGCGGAGGGAGAAGGCGCGGGAGGAGCGGCGCAAGACGGAGCGGGAGCUGCGGCGGGAGGAGAUUGCGCGGGCGAAGGAGGCCGAGCGGGAGGAAAGGGUGCGCUUGUGGCGGGAGCGGGAGGAGGGGACUAUGAAGGGGCUCAAGGAAUUGGCGAGGCAGCGGUUUGGAUGAGAGAACUGUUUUACGAGUAACCUCAUGUUGAAUUGUCAGUUUAGGUUAGUUGACGCGCUUCUUAGUCUGGGAUACGUGCCUGUUCUAUUGUUGUGCUAGCAUUUGGGUUGCCACAUUGCGGCUUUGCCUCGAUGCAGACCUGAUCCAAGUAUUCGAUCCAU